AGUGCGGAAGCGGAAGAGGCUGACGGGCUGGGAAGCCUGUCUCCGGUCUGCCCGGGUCCCCGGGACCGGCCUCCCUCCGCGAUGCCGAGCCCCCGGAGGACCAUCGAGGGACGGCCGCUGGGCUCCUCGGGCGGAAGCAGCGUCCCGGGCAGCCCGGCCCACGGCGGUGGCAGCGGCGGCGGCAGGUUCGAGUUCCAAUCGCUGCUGAACUGCCGCGCGGGCGCGGACCCCGCCUGCGCUCGGCUGCGCGCGUCCGACAGCCCGGUGCACCGGCGCGGCUCCUUCCCGCUGGCCGCCUCGGGCCCCGCACAAGCAGCCCCGGCCCCGCCGCCGGAGGACGCCCGCAUGAACUUGAACCCGUCCUUCCUGGGCAUCGCCCUGCGCUCCCUGCUGGCCAUCGACCUGUGGCUGUCCAAGAAGCUGGGGGUGUGUGCUGGGGAGAGCUCGGCCUGGGGCAGCGUGCGGCCCCUGAUGAAGCUGCUGGAGAUCUCAGGGCAUGGCAUCCCCUGGCUGCUGGGCACCCUCUACUGCCUGCUUAGGAGCGACAGCUGGGCCGGGCGCGAAGUGCUGAUGAACCUGCUCUUCGCCCUGCUGUUGGACCUGCUGCUGGUAGCUGUGAUUAAAGGGCUGGUCCGCAGGCGCCGACCCGCGCACAAUCAAAAGGACAUGUUUUUCACCCUCUCGGUGGACAGGUACUCCUUUCCCUCGGGCCACGCCACGAGGGCCGCCCUGGUGUCGCGGUUUAUCCUAAACCACCUGGUACUGGCCAUUCCACUGAGGGUGCUGGUGGUCCUGUGGGCCUUCGUCUUGGGUCUCUCUAGGGUCAUGCUCGGGCGGCACAACGUCACUGAUGUGGCUUUUGGCUUUUUUCUGGGCUACAUGCAGUACAGCAUUGUGGAUUAUUGCUGGCUGUCACCCCACAAUGUUCCAGUUCUUUUUGUACUGUGGAAUCAACAGUGACACCAUCUCAUUGAUUAUUGACACCUUGAGGUCUGAAGGAUUCCACACUCGAGGAUGCUGACCUAAGCCAGAGCCAUCUAGUUGCCCCUCUGGGCAACUUUGGGAAUUCUGGGAUCCCACUGUCUUGACAGGUUCCUAGACCGGAGCGCAUGCUGGCUAUUACUGAACACGGCCAUACUUGAGAAACAAAGUCUACUGUGUAUUUGACAGCUAUUUAUCACCAAGACAACUGUAAAGAAAUCAAGCUGGCUGACUGUAUGAUUGCUAUUUACUUAAAGUUGACAACGUUAAUGAGUAAUUCCCCUCACCCCCCAAAAAAACAAUGUUAUUACUUGUAAAUUAAAAUUUAAGAGCCAUUAGCUAGAUAAACCAUGUGCUAUUCCCACCCUUUACCUGCAGUAAAUUUUAAACAAUAAUUUUAAAGUUCAAAACAGAUUUUUUUUCUCCAAUUUAACUCUCUGAAUAUGUUGCCAUAAUUGGAGCUUUUUCCUUCUUCUGAUUCCUUUAAGCUCUCCCACCCUUGUGGACUUGGUAGUUAAGAGGUUCCACAGAGUAUUUUCCUUUCUGCUCCCAGUACCUCUCAAACGAUCUUUAGAUAGUUAACUUCUACUACUAUUUAACGUUAUCUUUUAGCACUCAUAGAACAAACCAAGAUAUGGAAGAAGACAUAUUCAAAAGGUGGGCUUGUCUAAGGUUCCCACAGAAAUGUAAGUAUGAGCCUACUGUUUUGUUUCCUAGUCCCAUGGACAAGUAGCAUACCAGGGGGCAAGAAGCUGAGCUGCUGGGGAGAGUCAGGGGAACUAAGAGCUUAGAAGGAGGCAGACCGGGAAGUAGGCCAUGGCCAGGGGCAGGAAAUGAAGCCCUGCUGUCGGUCACCUCUACUAAAUCAAGCAAAUGGUCCUCUAUUAAGUAAAAAGUAGAAGAGCAAUGUGGUUCUUUUCAGUGUGCCUGCAUAGCGUUCCUGUGUGUACCCCAAGGAUAACUGUAUGCUAUCCUUUCCCUAUCGGUCCCACUGUGCUGUGUUCAGCACAUUUUAGGUAACAGGACACAACUUGAAACUUUUCAGGAGAGCCUAUUGCCCUACGUGAGCAUUAGGUAAAACUCUUAAAUUUCUGUUUACAUUGAAAGCUGUUCAUUCAUGGCGCCCCCCCCCCCCCAAUCAUAAGACCAAAGAUGACCAAAUAAUAUGGUAGACUCUGAUUACAGUCUGACCUAGAAAGACCAAAGAGGGGUAUGCUCAUGACAUCUGUAAAUGCUGCUGUGUCUGGAAAGAAAGUCUUUAAAUCACUGGUGAAAGUGGCAUCAUCAGAUAAUCUCAAUGGCCACUUGUUCUGGCAUUUAUAAAUAGAAAGGACUGUGAGCUGUGGGCUAUGGUCUAAUGUUCAAAGAUAUGGGUGGACAGGACUGUGGAAGAUGGACAUGAUAAACCAGUUCUCAGUAGGAGGAAGUAGGACCUUCGAGAGUGGGAGUCUGGUACACCCAUUGGAACAAGUCCUUCGAUAAAUAAAACAGUUAUCACAUUCCCACAACAACCUAAACACAGACUACCUCUCCCCUCAUCAGAUCAGCUAAGCUGUGAGGUUCUAAGAGGUCUAGGUGUGUUUAAAUUUCUGAAGAUCAUUUUUCAUUAUAACAUUCAGGCCAGACACUUGAAAGUGACUGUUUGUUCUUAUAGUGUCCCCAAGUCUGCUAAUUAAGGGCCCACUUCUACUUUCUAGUCGCACUUCUGAAAUUCCAUAUUUUGUUUGCUGGGGCCUGAGUUUGCUGGCUUUUAAAAUAUAGAUCAGAUCAAUUUACCCGACUUCAUGAAUAAUCCUAAAUUCUCUGGAAUAAAAAACUGAUUUCUUUGUUAAUUACUUGUACGAUGAAGGAUGCCUUUAAAAAAAAAUCAAAAUAAAUUAAACUGGUAAUGUUGAAUGAUA